AUGUUGGUCACUACCUUUGUGCUUUUUUUCUUUACCCCGGGAUUUCUUGCCCAUGCAUUCUACAACCCUGCCUCUGGUGACGAUUGGACUCGUUAUAAACCCAAGGCAACCAGUCUUAAAGGCUCUUUUGACUCCUUGUCGUUUAACUUCGGCAUUGUAAUCAACCCUUUCGAAUUGGAUGAUUCUGGAUCUUAUAAUACUCCAGAGUUAGAACCCAUUGUCCCCAAAAUCACUACCGUAGUGAAAACCCAGACUGUGGUGACUGUUGCCUUGCCCACUAAAACUGCUGAUGUUUACCAGAUUCAAGACGGUCAGGUGCAGAGAAUUCCUGAAAGUAAAGAUGAUCAGGAUGAUGAGGAUGAUGAUUGUCUGGAAGAUCAGUCGUUCGCAAGGAGGGACGUGAACAGUGGGUCCGACGACGAUGCUGAUUUUGAGGAUGAUGACUGUGGGUCUGAUGAGGAGCUCAUUCAUGCUGUGUCGUGCGUCGGUUCGACUACACUUCUGAUGACUUUGGAAAAUGGUGUUUUGAAGGACCUGCAAGACAGAAUUGGGUCGAUUGUUGGAAGUCGUCAGUUUCAAUUUGAUGGGCCUGUUCCACAAUACGGCACAAUCUACGCUGCUGGAUGGCUGGUUACUCGCAGAGGUCAAUUAAGUUUGGGCAACUCAACUUUAUUCUACCAAUGUUCUUCUGGUGAUUUCUACAAUUUGUAUGACUCACCCAUCGGUCCUCAGUGUUCGCCAGUAUCGCUUACUGUAGUGAAGCUUAUUAAGUGUUGA